AUGACCGCGGGCUCGGGCGUGCUCCUCGUGCUGCUCUCGCUCUCCGGCGCGCUUCGGGCCCACAAUGGGGAUCUUACAGCCAGGGAGACCUGCAAGGCUGGAUUCUCUGAAGAAGAUUACACAGCAUUAAUCUCCCAGAAUAUUCUGGAAGGAGAGAAGGUCCUCAAAGUCAAGUUCAGCAGCUGCCUGGGGACCAAGGGGACGCACUAUGAGACCAACAGCAUGGACUUCAAGGUCGGGGCCGACGGGACGGUCUUCGCCACCCGGGAGCUGCGCAUCCCCUCUGAGCAGGUGGCCUUCACCGUGACUGCGUGGGACCACCAGAAGGCUGAGCGCUGGGAUGCCGCAGUGCGGCUGCUGGUGGCCCAGACCUCGUCCACGCACUCUGGACACAAGCCCCGUAAAGGAAAGAAGAACGCAGCCCUGGACUCCGUCCAGCCUCCAAAUGACACGCUGCUGCCAUGGCCGCAGCACCAGAGCUCCAACGGGCGGAGGCGGCAGAAACGGGACUGGGUCAUCCCACCCAUCAACGUGCCGGAGAACUCACGCGGGCCCUUCCCGCAGCAGCUGGUGAGGAUCCGGUCCGACAAGGACAACGACAUCCCCAUCCGAUACAGCAUCACAGGCGUGGGCGCCGACCAGCCCCCCAUGGAGGUCUUCAGCAUCGACUCCAUGUCCGGCCGGAUGUACGUCACACGGCCCAUGGAUCGGGAGGAGCGAGCCUCCUACCACCUCCGAGCACAUGCUGUGGAUAUGAACGGCAACAAGGUGGAGAACCCCAUCGACCUCUACAUCUAUGUCAUCGACAUGAACGACAACCGCCCCGAGUUCCUCAACCAGGUGUAUAACGGCUCCGUGGACGAAGGCUCCAAGCCAGGCACCUACGUGAUGACAGUCACAGCCAACGACGCGGAUGACGCCACCACGGCCAACGGGAUGGUGCGCUACCGGAUCGUGACGCAGACCCCGCAGAGCCCCUCCCAGAACAUGUUCACCAUCAACAGUGAAACAGGCGACAUCGUGACCGUGGCCGCUGGCCUGGACCGAGAGAAAGUCCAGCAGUACAUGGUCAUCAUUCAGGCCACAGACAUGGAAGGGAACCUGAACUACGGCCUCUCCAACACAGCCACCGCCAUCAUCACAGUGACGGACGUGAACGACAACCCACCGGAGUUCACUGCCAGUACGUACGCAGGGGAAGUUCCAGAAAACCGGGUGGAGAUGGUGGUGGCAAACCUCACAGUGAUGGACCGAGAUCAGCCGCACUCCCCGAACUGGAACGCCGUCUACCGCAUCAUCAGUGGGGACCCCUCGGGCCACUUCAGCGUCCGCACGGACCCCACCACCAACGAGGGCAUGGUCACCGUGGUUAAGGCAGUCGACUACGAGCUGAACAGAGCAUUCAUGCUGACCGUGAUGGUGUCCAACCAGGCGCCCCUGGCCAGCGGGAUCCAGAUGUCCUUCCAGUCCACGGCGGGGGUGACCAUCUCCGUCAUGGACAUCAACGAGGCCCCCUACUUCCCCUCCAACCACAAGCUGAUCCGCCUGGAGGAGGGCGUGCCCACUGGCACCGUACUCACCACGUUCUCAGCAGUGGACCCCGACCGGUUCAUGCAGCAGGCUGUGAGAUACUCAAAGCUUUCAGACCCAGCGAACUGGCUACACAUUAACGCCACCAACGGCCAGAUCAGCACGGCGGCUGUGCUUGACCGCGAGUCUCUCUACAUCAAGAACAACGUCUAUGAGGCCACUUUCCUGGCGGCUGACAAUGGGAUCCCCCCAGCCAGCGGUACUGGGACCCUCCAGAUCUAUCUUAUCGACAUCAACGACAAUGCCCCUGAGCUGCUGCCCAAGGAGGCGCAGGUCUGUGAGAAGCCCAGCCUGAAUGCCAUCAACAUCACAGCAGCUGAUGCUGACGUGGACCCCAACAUCGGGCCCUACGUCUUCGAGCUGCCCUUUGUCCCAGCGAGCGUGCGCAACAACUGGACUGUCACCCGCCUCAAUGGUGACUACGCCCAGCUCAGCCUGCGCGUCCUGCACCUGGAGGCCGGGGUGUACGACGUCCCCAUCACCGUCACGGACUCGGGGAACCCACCACUGUCCCACACGUCCAUCAUCAAAGUCAAGGUGUGCCCGUGCGACGACAACGGCGACUGCACCACCGUGGGCGCAGUGGCGGCAGCCGGGCUGGGCACAGGUGCCAUUGUGGCCAUCCUUAUCUGCAUCGUCAUGCUGCUCACCAUGGUCCUGCUCUUCGUCGUGUGGAUGAAGCGGCGGGAGAAGGAGCGUCACACAAAGCAGCUGCUCAUCGACCCCGAGGACGACGUGCGGGACAACAUCCUCAAGUACGACGAGGAAGGGGGCGGCGAGGAGGACCAGGACUACGACCUCAGCCAGCUACAGCAGCCAGAGGCCAUGGAGCACGUGCUGAGCAAGGCCCCCGGAGUGCGGCGGGUGGACGAGAGGCCCGUGGGCGCCGAACCCCAGUACCCAGUCAGGCCCGUGGUGCCCCACCCGGGAGACAUCGGCGACUUCAUCAAUGAGGGACUGCGCGCAGCCGACAAUGACCCCACGGCGCCCCCGUACGACUCGCUGCUGGUGUUUGACUACGAGGGCAGCGGCUCCACAGCAGGCUCCGUCAGCUCCCUGGACUCCUCCAGCUCCGGAGACCAGGACUACGACUACCUGAACGACUGGGGGCCCAGAUUCAAGAAGCUGGCAGACAUGUACGGAGGCGGUGAGGAGGAUUAACGGGCUUCCCCGCCGGACGCAAAGAUGGACGGACGGACGGACGGGAGGAGCAGGACUGGAGGAGGCAACGGGCCUUCCCG